UUUUCUCGGGCGUUUCCCACUCGCCCGCAGUCGGCCGUUGAUUUUCCCGGCACUUUCCUUCUCGCCCACAGUUACGCCGCCUAAUCAAAUCAAAUAAAUCACCCCAAAAACCAUCAAACACUUACCGCUCUUUAAUUCUUCCCAAUUGAAACUUACCCUCCUUAUAAAUACAUUUCCUUCCCAGCUAAGCUAGCAGAGAUCACAGAACCAAAAACCCAGAUCCCAGAAUUUUCCUCCUCAUUUUCUCGGGAAACAAACAGGGUUUUAUUGAGAUUUAUAGGCUUUUGCUCACAAUUUUUGUUGCAUUAAUGGUUGGGGCGAAGGGAAAACCGAGGCGAUGGGUUUGGGUCGUCGGGGCGGUGAUCGCCGUCUUCGUUGCCGUCGCCAUGACAUCCGUGCGUGCUCCGAAGAUAUCGUUCUUUGGACGGUCUAACAAGGUUUGCAAUUGUACUCAGGAAACGCAUAAGUAUAGUGGGAUAGUGGAGGAUUGUUGUUGUGAUUACGAGACCGCAGACCAUCUUAACAAGGAAGUUCUGCAUCCAUCACUACAAGAACUUGUCAAAACACCGUUCUUCCGGUAUUUCAAGGUUAAGUUAUGGUGCGACUGCCCUUUCUGGCCUGAUGAUGGUAUGUGCCGUCUGCGGGAUUGCAGUGUAUGCGAAUGCCCAGAUAGUGAGUUCCCCGAGUCAUUCAAGAAACCCUAUCAUGGCCUUCCAGUGGAUGAUCUUGUUUGUCAGGAGGGAAAGCCUGAAGCAGCUGUUGAUCGUACACUAGAUAAUAAAGCUUUCAGAGGAUGGACAGAAAUAGAUAAUCCCUGGACAAAUGACGAUGAGACAGACAAUGCUGAGAUGACAUAUGUGAAUCUUCAACUGAAUCCUGAACGAUAUACCGGCUACACUGGUCCAUCUGCUAGAAGGAUAUGGGAUGCUGUCUACGCAGAGAACUGUCCUAAAUAUCCAUCUGAAGAGUUAUGCGCUGAAGAAAGAAUUCUGUACAAGUUGAUAUCUGGUCUUCAUUCCUCUAUUUCAGUCCACAUAGCUUCCGAUUAUCUCCUUGAUGAAACUACACAGACGUGGGGUCCAAAUCUCUCAUUGUUGUAUGAUCGGGUCCUAAGAUACCCAGACCGUGUCAGAAACUUGUACUUCACGUAUCUCUUCGUUCUCCGAGCAGUGACAAAGGCUGCAGAUUACUUGGAACAUGCUGAAUAUGACACUGGUAAUCCUACUGAGGAUCUGAAGACACAAUCCUUGGUGAGACAGCUACUCUAUAAUCCCAAUCUACAAGCUGCUUGCCCUGUCCCAUUUGAUGAAGCUAAGCUGUGGAAAGGCCAGCGUGGACCUGAACUAAAGCAGAAAAUACAGAAACAGUUCAGAAACAUUAGUGCAUUGAUGGAUUGUGUCGGAUGCGAAAAAUGUCGACUUUGGGGGAAGCUUCAGGUCCUUGGUCUUGGCACCGCACUUAAAAUCCUCUUCUCCGUUGACGGUCAACAAAACGCUGUUCAAACUCUGCACCUGCAAAGGAAUGAGGUGAUUGCCUUGAUGAACCUACUAAAUCGGCUCUCAGAAUCCGUCAAGUUUGUUAAUGAAAAGGGAUCAUCAACCGAAAUGCUCGCAGAAGGGCAGGUUUCUUCACCCACCACCCCAAAUUGCCCCUUGCAAAGGAUGUGGGCGUCAAUGUUUAAUACACCAGCCCCAAGUUGCCCAUUGCGAAGGAUGUGGGCGUCAAUGCUUAAUACACCAGCCCCAAGUUGCCCGUUGCAAAGGAUGUGGGGGUCAAUAUUUAAAACACCAGCCCCAAGUUGCCCAUUGCAAAGGAUUUGGGCAUCGUUAAAACCUAGGUAAGGAGAACUAAUUGGCGAGACAUCGAAACAUAACAUCUUCAAAAUCGUUUAAGAAACAGCAAAGGGAUAUAGAUGUUUACACAAACGUAAAGGAAAACAACGUGAGCAUUGUAAAUUUUGUACUUCACUGAAUUUUGAACUUUUGAAAUACAAUUACCCUACUUGACCUUCUUGCGAGGUAAUGCCAUUGUUAUACUUAUUAA